GGAACACGCCUUAGGAUUUCCAGGUGUAAAUAUUUACAUUUGUCUUUUGUUUAGGAAACACCGAGAGAUUAGCAUUCGCCAUUUUUUGUGCUGAGUUGUGAAUUUUGACAAGUGAAAAUCAAAUUUAAGGGAAUAGUUCAACCAAAGGUUUUUUGGAGCUGUAGCUGCUUGGUUUUGAAAGCUUGUAACGCAGAAACCACCUGGUACCGCCUUCAAAACAUUCCAAAAUCAAACGAGAAGUAAAGUUUCUCAGCAAUGACUAUAAUAUACCAAUAUAAAGUAGCCACUACAUCACUGGGUGGUUUUGUUAAAUUAUUAGCAGCAUGGCGAGGCAGUGUGUAUAAACUAAUGUUUAAAGAAAUGAUGAUAUUUGGUGGAGCGUAUACACUCAUUAGUAUUACAUAUCGACUAGGCUUAUCUUUAGAACAGAAACUAAUUUUUGAGAAGAUAGUCCAACACUGUGAUACCUAUACAAGUCUUAUUCCAGUAUCUUUUGUCCUCGGUUUUUAUGUGUCGUUUGUUGUAAAGAGAUGGUGGGAACAGUUCAUGAACGUUCCGUGGCCUGACAGAACGUUGUUUAUAAUGAAUACAUACCUACAUAGUGAUGAUGACAGAGCGAGAAUUAUGAGAAGAACUGUAGCUAGAUAUAUGUUAUUAAGUUUAAUCAUUAUUACCAGAUCUGUCAGUGUGGCGGUGAUGAAGAGAUUCCCUUCCACGGAUCAUAUUAUACAGGCAGGUUUUGCCACUAAAGAAGAAAUUGAAAUAUUUGAAAAUACGAAAUGUAAAUAUAAUAAGUUCUGGGUGCCGUUAAUGUGGGCCAAUAAUAUACUGGUACAAGCUAGACGAGAGAGAAAGAUAGAAAAUGAUUUUGGUCUCAGAAUGAUAAUAGAGCAACUAGCGACGUUUCGUGAUAAAUGUUCGUUAUGUUUUGUGUAUGAUUGGAUCACUAUACCAUUAGUAUAUACUCAGGUAGCUACGCUAGCAGUUUAUAUAUUUUUUGCGACCUGUUUAUUGGGUAGACAGUACCUAGAUCCUAAUAAAGGCUAUCCAGGAUACGACCUAGAUCUCUAUAUUCCUCUGUUCACAAUGUUACAGUUCUUCUUCUACAUGGGAUGGCUGAAGGUAGCUGAGCAGCUGAUCAACCCGUUUGGUGAAGAUGAUGAUGAUUAUGAGAUCAACUGGCUGCUGGACAGACAUACUGAGGUGGCAUUCUCGCUGGUAGACCAAUGUUAUGGUAAAUAUCCAGGCCUAGUUCAAGAUAAAUUCUGGAAUGAUGAGGUCGUCCCUGAUUUACCUUACACUGAAGCUUCGUUACAUUCUAAAAAACCUAAUUUCUUAGGUUCAACUUAUAACUUAUCGUAA